AUGUUCAAAGCAGCAGUGUCCAAGCAAGCCCCUUUGGCAACGCUCGGCAAUCAGAUUGUUGAUGGAGAUGUGCUGGAGGACUGCAUUUCGGCGGUUCGUGCUGGCUGUGAUUUCCCUCUGCCACCUCCCCUGCUUGAGGGCGGCCGUGAGGAUAGCGAUUUGGAUAAAGAGAUUGCUGCCGCUGUGGCAGAGCCUAGUCCUUUAGUCUCUGACGCACUGGAGAUGCUUUUCCUACGAUUGGAGCCUGACUACUUGACGGUGGUCAAGGUCCAGCCGACGGCGGAGCGGAAUGUGGACGGCUACCAGCAUCUGCUGUGUGUGAAAGACGUGUGGAGCCAGUUGAGCAUGGCAACCAGCUUUUUUGCCUGGUACUCCAAGAACGAGAGCUCCGGCACACUCAAGCAGCAUGCUGAUUCCUGGGGGCUCAGUCGCAAGCACAUAGUGCGACACGAGAACUACAAAGGCAGUCAAGAAGCUUUCACAUGGCCGGGCUUGAAAUAUGACUGUGUCUCAAGCGCCGGCUUCCUGCUUCUGAUUGGAACCCUGGCACAGAUUCGUGGUUUGGCUGAGAACGUACAGAGCAGAUGUGUCAGUCUGCUUCGUCGCAUGACGGGACUCCUGGAGUUCUCAGACGGGCUGAAGCUGCUUCCCACUGUGACGUUGGCGGUCCAGGAUGGCCAGGUCAUGCUCAAGAGCUUUCUCAAGCUCUUCGACCGCGAGCUACGAGCCUCGCUGAAGCAGAGGUGGGAAAACUGCGUCGCUCUGGGCACAAGUCGCAAGAACCUGGGUGGGUACGUCCCUGUUGCAGAUGUAUGCUGGUUUCUGAUGAGACUCCGAGCUGAUUCAGAUGGCCUUUCUCAGGUCCCAGUCACGAGGCUACAGAAACGCAUCUUGCAUAUCUUGGCCCAGGCUUGGGAGAGCGGCAUGUGCGAUGGCUCCAUACACCUGCGAGAUACGCCACCGCGGCAGCAGGAGGAGCCAGGUCAGACGCCAUGGUCGUCCGGGUUGCGAACCCGGAACGCGAACCUGGCGAGGCAAGAACUCUUGAAAAGAUUCUUGGCCAGGGGCGGAGGCUUCGUGACUGGAUUGAGAAAUCGCUCCAAUUCCGAGAUCUGCCCUACAGACCUUGAGCUGCCGGGUACGCUGGGGAAAAGCUUGGGCGCUUGUGCUGCACACCAGUACUUGACCGGCUACUUUCUGGACGCCCGGAGUGCCUUGAUGAAGAAGCUUUCCGUGCAGAAGUUUCGACACAUGAGCAUGUACGAGGAUGCUGCGAAGGUCGGCACAUACGAGGUGCUUCAAGUGCUGGUGUCCGCGGAUGGCUUGAUGAUCUCCUCGCCCAUCAGUUUGCUACCCCAGCUCAAAGAGACCACCGAGAGCAGUGCUGCAGAGAACUUGGCGAAGGCGGCAGAACUGGUGCCGAAGAAGGCAUUGCAGGAUCUCAAAGGCGCCAAGGCCUCCUGUGGCCCUGCGACUUUGAGUGCACCUGAGAAAGUUGCGACACGUUCCAAGCUCCUUGCAAUCAAUCAUUCGCUCAAUGCUCUGAUUGAUUAUCGCCUGGCUGACAGCCUGCCGCCGCAUGCUUUUCGGCCCUGCCGGAAUGGGGAACGAAGGAGCACCGUUCACUGGAAUGGAUUGGACUUGCCCUAUGUUUGGUCGCCGACAGGGGUGACCUGGCAGACAACCCAGUACCCAGGCUGGCAAUCCAUCCUGAGGCUGAACUGCUUGCAGGACGAGGGGGACGCAGCCGGAGCGUACCAGAUGGCGCAAAAUGGGCUGGCGGUGCUUGUCCACCGUGACACUCUACACAAACUACACAGAGAAGAAAUUCUCGCUUCGUCAGAGGUGGCAGAGAUUGCACUGGCACGCAAGCAGAUCAACCUCGUCUUGAAAUUCGACCGAGCGCCUUGGGCAACUUCUGCGUUUGGGCGUAGGCUGGCCGAAGCCAGAGACCGUGUGGGUGAAAUCCCCACUGAUCAUCCCUUGAUUGACAUGGUCAGUGCCGGAAUCAUUUCCGACCUGGGGCUCUCGCCGGAUGCUUCACCGGCUCAAGUCAAAGAGGCGAUCCUUGCCUUUUGCCGCUCCAAGCGCGGCAGCACUGGUGCAGAGCACAAGACCGGCAGGUGGUGCGACCUGCUGGAUUCCUUCCGCCACUUGAGAUCCGAGUGGCAUUGCCGCCUGUUCGUGCUUCUAUUUGCAAUGAUCUUGGAAGGAAGAAAUCCGUGGAGUGCACUCUCCGAGAGCUUGGACAAGGCUGGCUCGGACGACGAUGUUGCUCUGGCUCCCAAGGUCUUGGUGCAGCCUCUCAUCCUUGCCUAUGGGAAGAGCAUCUUUUAUUGCCUCCAGCCUUUUCGAAGUUUCCAAGCAGCUGAGGUGCGAGAAGAUAAGUCCGUGGAGGGAAGUCUCCGUCUUCGUUCGUACGUGGUCAAGCAUUGGCCUGACUUGAUCCGGGAUACUUUGAAGUCUGCCUUGAGCCCAGAGAGCAUCCAAGACUUGAUCUGCAAUGUCGACGACACCGAGCAGCUCUUGGCAGUGCAUUGGAGACACACCAUAGCCACAGUUCAGCGAUUCUGGGAUUAUUCUACUCUGUAUCAGUUUUUUCCCUGGCGAUUUUUCAUGCUCCUCGAUUGCAAUCCCGAUGUCGCCAAUCGGUGUUUGAAGGAAAUGGAGUCAGAGUGGGUUUUUUUGUGUCGAAUGGAGGAGAAGUGUCGCGAUGCCAGCGACCAGUAUCCUCUCAAAGCCGUGCCGCAUGUACGAUGGCACGUGUAUCGUGAGGUUAUGACAUACUGCCAGGAGAGGCGGUGGCGACUGACUGACGAUCUGAAAGACCUGGUGCGAGCUUGGCUCGCUGAUCCUUCGAGCACAUUGGGCUGCGAAAAUUGCUUUCGCAGCCUACGUCUGGGAGAAAGAGGCCAAUCUGGAGGCGAAAUUGCGCCUGUGCAGCUGCAAACUGCAUCGAUACAGGCAGUGGCCGAGCGAUACGAGAACUUCGAGACCAUCUCUCCAUCGCCAUCUCUUGUGCAUUCAGUGCCGAUGAAGCAAGUCAUCAAGACUUCGAUUUUCACCGCGAAGCGCGACACUGCAGCUGACACAGGAUUGGAGAACUUCAAUGCAAUCGCUCGCGAGGCGGCUACCUCGCCUUACCAUUUCAAUCGCAAAGCCUUAAACGUGUGGUCGACAUGCAAGAGGCUGGACGGUGAUAUGUCCAGAACCUGGGUCACGGAGCUCGCCAGGCCUGCUCAGGUCUGGCAGUGUCGACAGGACUUGUUUCUCGUGGUGGAUGCUCCGUACGUGGUGCUGCGAGUCUGCUCUUUGCUGAAGCAAACGAAGGUGGUCGAUGGCCAAAACCAUCAUGUGGCUGUCAUCCCAACCAGUGCUUUUCAGAUGAAGGCCCCGAAAAACGCAUCCGUGUCGGUCUUGGCACCAUUACGCACAGAGCUGGAAUGGCAGCUGCAAAGCAAGCCGGAUGCAUUUACCAGGUGGCAGCAUGACAAGGACGCUGAAGAAGAAUGGACGACGAAGGACGUCGAAUGGAAGGGUCGCUACGGUGGCCAGAACAGAAACGCCAUCUCACAGAUGGCGAUUCUGCCGACGUCGAACGAGCCCAUGAUCCCAGCGGCCUUGUUCAAGAAGCUCAGCAAGGACAUCUUGGACCGACUGCACAAGGAACGAAGGAGUCCGAACUACAAGGAUGAGCUCCACUCGGGCAGAUCCGAAAAAGAGAAUGACCAGCCGAUCAGUCUUUCUGAGGAAGGCAGCAGAACUCUUCACCAAGCUGCCGAGGAGUACCUGAACUCCAUGCUGGUGCGGGCUUGCAUGGCGACGCUUCACGCCAAACGCAUCACCACAACGGUGGCCGACCUUCGCUUCGUCAUCCAGCUCGACCAGAUGAGCACCGGGCAGGGCAUUUCGGAUCCCUCGCGGCAUCAGGCCUCGCCCCAGAAGUCCCAAGACCCCAUGUCGCAGAUGUUGGACAGUUGUUUGGACAACAUGAAGGAAAGCAUGGCCAAGAGCAUCUUGGGCAAGAAUGCCAAGAAGAAGGACAAGAAGAAGAAAAAGAAAGCGUCCUCCGACUCUGGCUCGAAAGAGGCCUCCGAGGAAGAGUUGCCAGAGCAUGAGGUGGAGCGGCAGCUGGGUAUCAUCUUGGGUUUGAAGGGCAGGGCGCUCAAGCUGAAGUCAGUCCAGAAGUACGAAGACAUGCUGUGUGAUCUUGGGUUGCACUUAUCUUCUGCUGAGCAAGUGUGCUACAUCCUUGCCGAGAGCCACAAGGAUAUCGGGUGUCUCACGGUUCUCGACCUCUGUGAACUCGGAGGUGAACACAAGACACUGGCUCUGAAGCACGAGGCCGCAUGCAAGCUGCCAGCCAGGAAGAGGAAACAAGCCGAUGCACAGGACAGAGAAUCCUUCGAACGAGCUCAGAAGCUCGUUUCAUGGUCGGAUUCUCGUUGGAAGGAUCGCCUCAUGCAGCUCUUCGAGCUUUUGGUUGGGAAGUCACGGAAAACAACCGUGGUGGGCUUCGACACCAUCGCACAGCUCCGCCAAAGCAUCCUUCCCAGGAUCAAGGACAGGGUGAAGUCCGGACAGACCUGGGGAAAAGACAUCGCCAAGAAGCCGAGGAAGGAGAAGGACGAGGGCAAGGCUGGGAACUCCGCCGUCUUCGACAAGUAUCGGAAAUCAAAGACUAAGCCCAACCCAGACGACGACAGCACAGACUGUGAGAAAAGCGAGGCCAAUGAUUCCGAGGCGACACAGGUGAUGAAGGGCAAGCCUGCAGCGAACGAAGCAGAGUCCUCGGGCGAGGAAGGGAGUGCUCCCCAGCCGGGUGCUGUGCGUGAUUGCCGACGCCGGCUUUUCGAGGGAGACGAUGAUGAUUUGUUCGCCGGCGGGAAGUUCGGUGAAGCAGCUCUUGAGGAUGGCAAGCCUGGCCAGCCUGAGCCUAAGCCGGGCGACGGAGAGCAGAAGAAAGUAAAGAUCGGCAACGACGAGGAGAAAAAGGUGGAGCCGGCACCGGGGGCGCAGGCCCGUGGAAGUCCACCCAUUGUCAAAUCAGCUAUGGUGCCGUAUGUGGAUUCGGAGGCAGGUUUCAAGUCGAAUGCCGCACCUGUCCUGAACACGGCCCCAGAACGUGCCGAAGCUCCCGUGAACCUUGAGCUGAUGGAGAUGUUGUCUGAGGUCGUUUCUGCCCACCUUCCUCGGGAGCAGGACGCUGCUGCUUUCUUCGAUCUCCUAUCUGCCUUGGGCUGCACAGAUCCAGUGAGCCUCCUGUCCAAGCUGGACAACUUUGUCGCUGCGAACCAUGCCAAUUUCUUCAUUGACAUGUACAGAGCGGUCCUGGAUGCAAUGGAGGAUGCAGCUGGCUUUGACGACGAGGCCGGCCACUUGGACCACGUCGGCGGCCCGACGGCCCAGGACCUUCGGCAUCCUCUCGGUCACCUUUGCAGCGGAGGAGUGACCGAGCUGCGGUGGGCCCUGCUGCUCAUUCCGAUCGGUGCGGCAGCCGUGGGCCCGGAGCUUCAGCUCCUAGAUUUGUCGGACUGCAAGCAGGCUUUCUUCCUUGUGGGUCGCCGACAAUGGUCAGAUCGUCAGGAUGCCCAGCGGGCACUUUUGCACAUGGUUUGCUUUACUGAUUGCUUCCGGCUCCUUGCCUUUGACCGUGCCGGUGUGCCAGGCUGGGUGCACUUGGGCUACGUUUUGAAUAAGGCCAACAUCAAAGAUGCCAUCUGCCAACUGCUGCAGACAAAGGCGGAACAAGGUGCCGCGACUUUCUUGCGGUGUCUGCAGAUGUUCAAAGCAGCAGUGUCCAAGCAAGCCCCUUUGGCAACGCUCGGCAAUCAGAUUGUUGAUGGAGAUGUGCUGGAGGACUGCAUUUCGGCGGUUCGUGCUGGCUGUGAUUUCCCUCUGCCACCUCCCCUGCUUGAGGGCGGCCGUGAGGAUAGCGAUUUGGAUAAAGAGAUUGCUGCCGCUGUGGCAGAGCCUAGUCCUUUAGUCUCUGACGCACUGGAGAUGCUUUUCCUACGAUUGGAGCCUGACUACUUGACGGUGGUCAAGGUCCAGCCGACGGCGGAGCGGAAUGUGGACGGCUACCAGCAUCUGCUGUGUGUGAAAGACGUGUGGAGCCAGUUGAGCAUGGCAACCAGCUUUUUUGCCUGGUACUCCAAGAACGAGAGCUCCGGCACACUCAAGCAGCAUGCUGAUUCCUGGGGGCUCAGUCGCAAGCACAUAGUGCGACACGAGAACUACAAAGGCAGUCAAGAAGCUUUCACAUGGCCGGGCUUGAAAUAUGACUGUGUCUCAAGCGCCGGCUUCCUGCUUCUGAUUGGAACCCUGGCACAGAUUCGUGGUUUGGCUGAGAACGUACAGAGCAGAUGUGUCAGUCUGCUUCGUCGCAUGACGGGACUCCUGGAGUUCUCAGACGGGCUGAAGCUGCUUCCCACUGUGACGUUGGCGGUCCAGGAUGGCCAGGUCAUGCUCAAGAGCUUUCUCAAGCUCUUCGACCGCGAGCUACGAGCCUCGCUGAAGCAGAGGUGGGAAAACUGCGUCGCUCUGGGCACAAGUCGCAAGAACCUGGGCGGGUACGUCCCUGUUGCAGAUGUAUGCUGGUUUCUGAUGAGACUCCGAGCUGAUUCAGAUGGCCUUUCUCAGGUCCCAGUCACGAGGCUACAGAAACGCAUCUUGCAUAUCUUGGCCCAGGCUUGGGAGAGCGGCAUGUGCGAUGGCUCCAUACACCUGCGAGAUACGCCACCGCGGCAGCAGGAGGAGCCAGGUCAGACGCCAUGGUCGUCCGGGUCGCGAACCCGGAACGCGAACUUGGCGAGGCAAGAACUGUUGAAAAGAUUCUUGGCCAGGGGCGGAGGCUUCGUGACUGGAUUGAGAAAUCGCUCCAAUUCCGAGAUCUGCCCUACAGACCUUGAGCUGCCGGGUACGCUGGGGAAAAGCUUGGGCGCUUGUGCUGCACACCAGUACUUGACCGGCUACUUUCUGGACGCCCGGAGUGCCUUGAUGAAGAAGCUUUCCGUGCAGAAGUUUCGACACAUGAGCAUGUACGAGGAUGCUGCGAAGGUCGGCACAUACGAGGUGCUUCAAGUGCUGGUGUCCGCGGAUGGCUUGAUGAUCUCCUCGCCCAUCAGUUUGCUACCCCAGCUCAAAGAGACCACCGAGAGCAGUGCUGCAGAGAACUUGGCGAAGGCGGCAGAACUGGUGCCGAAGAAGGCAUUGCAGGAUCUCAAAGGCGCCAAGGCCUCCUGUGGCCCUGCGACUUUGAGUGCACCUGAGAAAGUUGCGACACGUUCCAAGCUCCUUGCAAUCAAUCAUUCGCUCAAUGCUCUGAUUGAUUAUCGCCUGGCUGACAGCCUGCCGCCGCAUGCUUUUCGGCCCUGCCGGAAUGGGGAACGAAGGAGCACCGUUCACUGGAAUGGAUUGGACUUGCCCUAUGUUUGGUCGCCGACAGGGGUGACCUGGCAGACAACCCAGUACCCAGGCUGGCAAUCCAUCCUGAGGCUGAACUGCUUGCAGGACGAGGGGGACGCAGCCGGAGCGUACCAGAUGGCGCAAAAUGGGCUGGCGGUGCUUGUCCACCGUGACACUCUACACAAACUACACAGAGAAGAAAUUCUCGCUUCGUCAGAGGUGGCAGAGAUUGCACUGGCACGCAAGCAGAUCAACCUCGUCUUGAAAUUCGACCGAGCGCCUUGGGCAACUUCUGCGUUUGGGCGUAGGCUGGCCGAAGCCAGAGACCGUGUGGGUGAAAUCCCCACUGAUCAUCCCUUGAUUGACAUGGUCAGUGCCGGAAUCAUUUCCGACCUGGGGCUCUCGCCGGAUGCUUCACCGGCUCAAGUCAAAGAGGCGAUCCUUGCCUUUUGCCGCUCCAAGCGCGGCAGCACUGGUGCAGAGCACAAGACCGGCAGGUGGUGCGACCUGCUGGACUCCUUCCGCCGCUUGAGAUCCGAGUGGCAUUGCCGCCUGUUCGUGCUUCUAUUUGCAAUGAUCUUGGAAGGAAGAAAUCCGUGGAGUGCACUCUCCGAGAGCUUGGACAAGGCUGGCUCGGACGACGAUGUUGCUCUGGCUCCCAAGGUCUUGGUGCAGCCUCUCAUCCUUGCCUAUGGGAAGAGCAUCUUUUAUUGCCUCCAGCCUUUUCGAAGUUUCCAAGUGCGAGAAGAUAAGUCCGUGGAGGGAAGUCUCCGUCUUCGUUCGUACGUGGUCAAGCAUUGGCCAGACUUGAUCCGGGAUACUUUGAAGUCUGCCUUGAGCCCAGAGAGCAUCCAAGACUUGAUCUGCAAUGUCGACGACACCGAGCAGCUCUUGGCAGUGCAUUGGAGACACACCAUAGCCACAGUUCAGCGAUUCUGGGAUUAUUCUACUCUGUAUCAGUUUUUUCCCUGGCGAUUUUUCAUGCUCCUCGAUUGCAAUCCCGAUGUCGCCAAUCGGUGUUUGAAGGAAAUGGAGUCAGAGUGGGUUUUUUUGUGUCGAAUGGAGGAGAAGUGUCGCGAUGCCAGCGACCAGUAUCCUCUCAAAGCCGUGCCGCAUGUACGAUGGCACGUGUAUCGUGAGGUUAUGACAUACUGCCAGGAGAGGCGGUGGCGACUGACUGACGAUCUGAAAGACCUGGUGCGAGCUUGGCUCGCUGAUCCUUCGAGCACAUUGGGCUGCGAAAAUUGCUUUCGCAGCCUACGUCUGGGAGAAAGAGGCCAAUCUGGAGGCGAAAUUGCGCCUGUGCAGCUGCAAACUGCAUCGAUACAGGCAGUGGCCGAGCGAUACGAGAACUUCGAGACCAUCUCUCCAUCGCCAUCUCUUGUGCAUUCAGUGCCGAUGAAGCAAGUCAUCAAGACUUCGAUUUUCACCGCGAAGCGCGACACUGCAGCUGACACAGGAUUGGAGAACUUCAAUGCAAUCGCUCGCGAGGCGGCUACCUCGCCUUACCAUUUCAAUCGCAAAGCCUUAAACGUGUGGUCGACAUGCAAGAGGCUGGACGGUGAUAUGUCCAGAACCUGGGUCACGGAGCUCGCCAGGCCUGCUCAGGUCUGGCAGUGUCGACAGGACUUGUUUCUCGUGGUGGAUGCUCCGUACGUGGUGCUGCGAGUCUGCUCUUUGCUGAAGCAAACGAAGGUGGUCGAUGGCCAAAACCAUCAUGUGGCUGUCAUCCCAACCAGUGCUUUUCAGAUGAAGGAUAUCAACCCGGCCGACCCCGACGAUUGGUUUCUGCUGCCUGCCGAGCCCAUGCUGCUGAAUGCCAGAGAGAUGGUCUUGAAGCUGGGAGAUCCGCAACCUAUCAUCAACUAUGCCUUGGAGAACUAUGCAUGCAGAGCUUUGGCUGUGCAUCAGUUUGGUACCCUUGUGGACGGACUUUCUGCCAAUGCGUUGCGGAUGCUGUGCACUGCUAAAGGGAGUCCUGCCAAAGGCAACAUGACGAAGAAAGCAACGUGCGAGCAUCUCUUGAAGCACAUGGGCUAUGACGAGGGCAAAGCAGCGAGCAUUCUUGCAACCUUCAAGCAGACGACCAAGGCCACCGAGGAAAUGGAAAACGAUGAUGACAUUGAUGAUCCCGGUGGAAACUCGGCUGUGCUGGGCAUGGACACGGUCUGUGAAGCUGAACUCUUGAGCAAGCUGCUCUCGAGGAUGGAGAAAAAGGAGACGGAUGCAACUGCAGCGCCUCAGAAUGACAAGGCUUCUGCCUCUGCACCUCCUUCGAAACGUGCAAAAACUUCGCGGGCCGAUGCAGCUCAGCAUGGACAGUCGUCGGUGAUCCCAUGGCCGGCGGAGGAACGUGGAUCCAAGGAAGGGGCGGCCUCCAUUUUGGAGGUGCCGCCGGGUUGCCGGAUUGGUCACAAUGCACCCCUUGCUGCAUCACCAUUCUUGCAAGGAUUUCUCCCGGAGGGACAAGUCUGGAGGAAUGGAAAAAACAGCAUAUCCCGAGCUUACAAGCCUGCAUCCACAAGUUCGACGGUUUCCAUUCGUGUUGCUCGCUCUUACGAUCAGGCCAAAGCAGAGGUUUCGGAAUGGCUUUGGUCGUGGUGGGAGGCCAAGGGCAAGCCCGGAUGCGGUACAGAAGCCGAGACAUCCGAGCCACCGGCCCGACCGGCCAAGCAGCAAAAGAAGUGA